AGGCGACGCCGCCAUGAGCAGCGCUCCGCCGGGCCCCGCCGCGCCGCGGCUGUGCUGCCUGGAGAAGGGCCCGGACGGGUACGGCUUCCACUUGCACGGCGAGAAAGGCAAGCCGGGCCAGUUCAUCCGGCUGGUGGAGGCGGGCUCGCCGGCCGAGCGCUCGGGGCUGCGUGCCGGGGACCGGCUGCUGGAGGUGGACGGAACGAACGUGGAGCGGGAGAGCCACCAGCAGGUGGUGGAACGCAUCCGUGCCGCCCCCGGGGCUGUGCGCCUGCUCGUGGUGCAGCCCCAACCCGAGGAGCAGCCGCCUAAGACCCACAGUGACCCCGACGGCGAAGCGCAGCGGGAGGUGCCGGCGGCGGAACCCCCGGUGGCGGAGCGGAGCGGAGAACCCGAGGAGCGGGAGCUGCGUCCCCGGCUGUGCCACAUCAAGAAGGGCCCCAACGGCUACGGCUUCAACCUGCACAGUGACAAGAGCCGCCCGGGGCAGUAUGUGCGCGCUGUGGACCCCAACUCACCAGCCGAGGCCGCGGGGCUGCGCGCCCAGGACCGCAUUGUUGAGGUGAAUGGGACGUCCGUGGAGGGCAAACAGCACGCAGAUGUGGUGGCGGCCAUCAAGGCGGGUGGCGACGAGACCAAACUGCUGGUGGUGGGCAUGUUGGCCGAUGAGUUCUUCAAGAAGUGCAGGGUUCUGCCCUCGGAGGCGCACCUGGCAGGUCCCUUGCCAGAACCCAUUGCCAAUGGUGAUAUAGAGAAGGAAAACGGCAGAGAGCCGCGGCUGAACUCUGUGUCAGAGAGACCUCCCAGCCCUGCGCUGGCCACGACCCCCGAAGGCAGCGAGACCCACAGUGAGCCCGAUAUGCAGGAAGGGGACAAGCGCAGCUCUGCGCCCAACUCCCUGCUGGACCUCGACAUCCCGCUGGCCGUGGCCAAGGAGCGGGCGCACCAGAAGCGCACCAGCAAGCGGGCUCCCCAGAUGGACUGGAGCAAGAAAAACGAACUGUUCAGCAACCUGUGAAUCCACCCUGCGGCAGGGACACCGGCUCUCCCCCAUCCCCUUCGUCCCCACCACCCUGACAGGGAGGACGGGGCUCGGGGUCAGAGAGCAUCCCUGCUGAGGAUGGUGAUGGUGCCCUCGGUCUCCUCCAGCCCUGGCGUGAAGCUUUGUGCGCCCGGCUGUGUGUGGAGCUGUGGGGAGGUUUGGUGACUCGGAGUGGCCGGGUUUGAUGCCCAGUGCUUCUCAUCUCCUCUGCCAGCUCUUCUUCUCCCAUCCCAAAACCCACUUCUGUUUCACCCCCUGAUAAUCUCCCUUUCUUGAGGCUUUUGGUGACUUUCACCAAGCCCUAUGCUGCAGCAAUUCCUCCUGGGGUUGGCACUCUUGACCUUGCAGUGUCCGUCCACGAUGACCCCAUCCCUUCAUUCCUGUGCCCCCGGAGCUGCCCUUGGAGGCACUUGGGCAUCCCACAGCCCCUGCCCCAGGGUUGUUCUAGGAGAGGAGAGGUGUCUGGAACCAGCACAGCAAGCAAUAAUCACCCCCUGUGCUGCUGCUUCUCCUGGAGACAAAGCCAAUCACGGUUUGCAUUCUACACUGCUUAGUUCAAAAGGGUUCUCAAUAGACUGUCGUCUUUGUCCAAAAUGAGAGGUUUUCCAAUCACGUGGUUUGUUUUUUUUUUUUUUUUAAUGUAUUUUGUGGAAAAUUCUUCCCGUGGAUGUUUUGUUUCUGUGUUUUGCAAUCAGGUGUUGUAUUGUCAAGCUGAAGAGAAAUUCUUUACUGGAAUAAAUGUUCCCGACUUCA